AUGCAUUCAAAGAGUGAAAUAGAGCAAUUUAUUAAAAUUUUAAAAUGGAAGGCCAGUGAUGGUACAAAUUGUCUGAAGAAACAUGAAAAUUGUAAAGAUAAAAGAAGCUCAAACGGUCAACAGCAAAUACUAAGAUUUUAUAAAUCUAAUGAUAAUUUUAAUAUUAAACAUCUUAAAUUAAUGAAGAAUAGAAUAAUAACAGCAGCAGCUGAAUUAUCUGCACUUGAUGAUCGUCCAUUUAUAGCAAUUGAAGGUGAUGGUUUUAAGAAUCUUGCACAAGAACUAAUGACAGUUGGCCGCGUAUUUGGAAAAUCAGUUCCUGUUGAAUUAAUAUUGCCACAUAGCACAACGGUGAGUCGUGAAAUUGAUAAAAUAUAUGAACGUCGUCAUGAACAAUUAAUUUCACUAUGUCAAACACUCACAAAAUUUGCUGUAACCGUCGAUUUUUGGACAGAAGAAUAUACUGGUGUUGGCUAUGGUGGAGUAACAUUACAUUUUCAUCAUAAUAAAUUUGGUUUACAAUCAGUUGUAUUAGCUUGUAAAGCAUAUCAUGAACCAGCUCAACAGUCAUAUAAUAUAAGAAAAUUACAGAUGACAUAUUAUUAG